GCCAGUUAUUAUAUUUAUUUAUUGUUUCGUCUCCCCACUCUUACAUUCAAAUUUCUUCAUUUUUAAAAUGGCUUCAAGGCUUCUUACUAAUACCCUUCAAGCUAAUGCUGGUUUAACUAAGCAGUUCAUCCGUUCUAUGGCUACGAAUUCCAAGCAAGCCUUAGCAACUCGCAUCACUAACUUACCUAACGGCCUUACAGUUGCUACCGAGGAGAACCCUUCUGCUGGUGCUGCAACUGUUGGUGUUUGGAUUGAUGCUGGUUCUCGUGCUGAAUCCGCAAAGACCAAUGGUAUCGCUAACUUAUUUGAACAUGUUGCUCUUCAGGGUCAAGCUUCUAAAUUUGAAAAUAUCGGUGGUGUCCUUACUGCCAAAACUGGUCGUGAAAUCACUUCAUUCUCAACCAAGACUUUGGGUAGUAAAAUGAGUGAAUCUGUAGAAAUCCUUGCUGACCUUAUUCAAAAUACAAAGAUUGAUGCCGCUACUGUUGAUAAGCAACGACAAGCUGUUUUUAAGCAACAGCUUGCUGCAGAAAAUGAUUAUGAAUCUGUUGUUUUCGAUCAUUUGUAUGCUACUGCAUUCCAGGGCGAAUCUUUGGGACGCCCUGUGAAUGGUAUUAAAGAAACUGUUGAACAAAUAACUGUCGAGGAUUUGAUUGCUUUCCAAAAGGACAAUUAUAGCGCUGAUCGCAUGGUUAUUGUUGGUUCUGGUGAUGUCGACCACGAAGCUCUUGUCCGACUUGCUGAGAAAAAGUUUGGAGGACUUGGUACAUCUACUCGUGUUCCUCAGCCAAAGCCUUCUUUCACUGGUUCUGAAAUUCGUAUGCGUGAUGAUACUUUACCUCAAGCUCGUAUCGCUUUUGCUGUUGAAGGUGCACCUUAUUUAUCAAAGGAUUAUUUCAAUUUACUCGUUAUGCAAGCCAUCAUUGGAGCUUGGGAUAAGAACUUGGGAGGUGCUGGUAAUCUUUCUUCUAAAUUAUCAGCUAUUGUUAAUAACAACCAUCUUGCCGAUUCUUUUGCUUCAUUUACAAAGGGUCAUAAGGAUACUGGCUUGUGGGGUCUCUAUGUUGUCACUCAAAACAGAGAUCAAAUUGACGAUUUUGUUCAUUUCCUUCAAAAAGAAUGGGUUCGUCUUUCUACAACUGUUACUGCUUCUGAAAUUGAGUGUGCUAAACAACAAGUGAAGGCCGGAUUAUUAUUAAGUCUUGAUAGUACCUGUGCUGUUGCUGAUGAUAUUGGUUCUCAAGUUCUUACCACUGGAAAACGUUUAUCUGAAGCAGAAUUGAAGGAGACUAUUCAUAAGAUUACUGCCGACGAUGUUCGUAAGACUGCUUACAAAUAUGUAUGGGAUCAAGAACUUGCUGUUGUUGGUCAUGGCCCUGUUGAAUGUUUGACUGAUUACAAUAGAGUUCGUGGUAAUAUGGCUUACAACAGAUUCUAAAUUACACAUAUAUUUAUAUUUAUAUAUUUUUUUUAUCAAAAUUAAUAAAGAACUUUUUUUUAAAAAAAAAGA